AUGGUCAACUCAGGGAAUGCUCCAAUAGAAUGUUACGAACUCUGCCAAAAGCCACCGAAAUGUGUUGGAUUCAACUACAGAGUCAAGAUCAAUGUUGUGAACUAUCAACUGACCAACAUCACAGGAAAGACAGAUCACGUCAUAAUGAAGGGAGAAGGAGAAUGGACACUAAUAAACGGCAAAGAUUCAGGAGCAGAAGAAAAAAGUGACACCUUGAGUUUAGGAUUGUUGCAAGAUUAUAGAUAUAAUUGCGAGUUCUGGUUGGGUCUUGAUAAAAUUUAUCGUUUGACCAAAUCUGGCCAAAUUGUUUUAAGAGUUGAUUUGAUGGAUUUCAAUGGCGCUAAACGUUAUGCUAAAUACGGAAAGUUUAGUGUGGCUGAUGAAUCAGACAAAUACAGACUGAGUUUUGGAUAUUAUUCAGGAGGGUCAACUUUACGCCCAGACGAAAUCAUAUCAAAUCAUACCGUCAACUCAAGGUUUGUCAAGAUAGAAUGUCUCGGGCUCUGCGAAAAGGAACCGAAAUGUGUUGGAUUCAACUACAGAGACAAGAUGAAUGUUGUGAACUGCCAACUGGCCAACAUCACUAGCAAGACAAAUCACACCGCAAUGAAGGGAGAAGGAGAAUGGAUACUAAUGAACGAUGAUGAAGCUACCAGCUGCGCCUAUCUUUACAACGAAGGAAUAAGACAAGAUGGUAUUUACACUAUCAAUCCUGACGGCCAGGGAUCGUUUCAAGUCAGAUGUGAUAUGAGCAUAGACGGGGGUGGCUGGACCAUGUUCCAAAGAAGAAAAGAUGGAAGUCAAGAUUUCUAUCUUGGAUGGUCAGACUAUAGAUCAGGCUUUGGUAAUUUGAGCGGCGAGUUCUGGUUGGGCCUUGAUAAAAUACAUCGUUUGACGAAAUCUGGCCAAAACGUUCUAAGAGUUGAUUUGAUGGAUUUCAAUGGCGCUGAACGUUACGCUAAGUAUGGAAAGUUUAGUGUGGCUGAUGAUUCAGACAAAUACAGAUUGAAUAUUGCCAGUUAUUCAGGAAACGCAAGUGAUUCCUUAAUUACUUUGCACAACGGAAUUCAGUUCAGUACCAAGGAUAGCGAGAAUGAUGCUCGGAAUUUUUCUUUGACAUACCAAGGAGCUUGGUGGUACAAUAACGGUCAUCAAUCCAACCUCAAUGGCCUGUACAAGCCUGCAGGUUAUACACAUAACAAUGGGAUAAAAUGGAACAAGUGGCAUAAUCAUUCAAUGAAAAUGACGGAGAUGAAAAUUCGUCCAAGUCAGUUUUGA